AUGGGGUCGGGGCGAUUUCCAGGCGUGCAGAUCGGUGCUGGUGGUGCGCCGGGGUCUGUAGCUUUCCCCCGACCCAACAGCGGCGGCGGCGGCGGCGGCGGUGGCGGCGGCGGCGGCAUGGGCGGCAACACGGCGGACGGAAACCGCCGCCAAACCGCAGCGGCAGCAGCGCCAGCGGCCGGAACGACGGCGCCAGCGGCGGCGGCGGCGGGAACCGCGGGCGACCCAAGCCCCGCAGCGGACCUCUCAUUGGACCACGUUCUCGUUCCCGCCAGCUCGUACCGCAACCUGCCAGUCCUGGACCGCCAGCUGGCGGGCUCCGGGCGGCUCAACUCCUUCUCCCUCGCCCAGUUACACGGCGCCACGUGUCAGUUCGCGCUGGAAGGGCUGCUGGGCUCGGGCGGGUUUGGGAGCGUGUUUAAGGGGACCAUGUGGGACGGGCGCAGCGGACGCAAGGUGGAAGUUGCCGUGAAGGUUCUCAACACGGCGGGGCAGCAGGGCGACAGGGAGUGGCAGGCGGAAGUGCAGGUGUUAGCGCGCCUGCAUAACCCGUGCCUCGUCCCCCUACUGGGGGUGUGCGCGGAGGGGGAGCAGCGCCUGCUCGUCUACCCCUUCCUCCCCGGAGGCUCCCUGGAGCGCCGCCUCUUCCCCGCGCUCUUCCUCCCCCCGUCCUCCGCGCCCCCGCCCACUCUCCCCGCGGGGCUCUCCCUCCCCCUGGGCGCAGGGUUACCAGGAGGCGUACCCAGGGCAUCAUCUGGAGGGGAGGAGCAGCGGCCGCUGCAGUGGCUGCACCGCAUCCGCAUCGCCAUUGCUGCCGCUAAGGGGUUGGUCUUCCUGCACGAAGAGAUUGACAAACCGAUCAUCUACCGUGACUUCAAGACGUCCAACAUCCUGCUGGACCGAAACGGCGACGCGCAGCUCUCUGACUUUGGCCUUGCUCGCCUGGGACCACAGGGGGAGCUCUCACACGUCACCACCAGGGUGGUGGGCACGGUGGGGUACGCAGCACCGGAGUACGUGCUAACAGGCCAUCUGUCCAUCCGCAGCGACGUGUGGGGCUUCGGGGUCGUGCUGCUGGAGCUGCUCACAGGCCGCCCUGCACUGGAUAAGACCCGGCCCAAGCCCGAGCAGUCUCUAGUGGACUGGGCAGCACCCUUCCUCUCGUCGCCCUGCAAGCUGUACCGCAUAAUGGACCCCGCUCUAGCGGGGAUGUACAGCGUGCGCGGCGCGCAGCUGACAGCAGCCGUGGCGCGGCAGUGUCUCAGCGCCAAGCCCAAGCUCCGCCCGCUCAUGUCCCACGUGCUCGCUUCCCUGCUGCCUGUUCUAGACCUGCAUGAUAUGGCUGGGUUCACGCUUGAUCAGCCGAUUGGGGGAGGUGGGGGAGGGGGCAGGGAGGAGAGAGAGGCGGGGGAAGGGGUGGGAGGGAGGGGCGCGGGAGGGGGGAGUAGUGGGGGUUGGGUGGGCGGAGGAGUGGGGAGGGCUGGUGGGAGUGGUAGUUGCAUGGGGUUUGGGAGCCGGGGAGGGUUGAGACCAGGGAGUGCAGGAGGGGGAGGGGGCGGAGGGGGAGGAGGAGGGGGCACGGGAGGGAUUGGAGGGAGGCUGGUUCCGGUACUGCGCUUGUGGGGACGGGCGAGGGUGCGGGGGAGGGAUGCAGCAAGAGCAUCAACAGCAGCAGCAGCAGCAGCAGCAGCAGCAGCAGCAGCAGCAGCAGCAGCAGCAGCAGCAGCAGCAGCAGCAGCAGCAGCAGCAGCAGCAGCAGCAGCAGCAGCAGCAGCAGCAGCAGCAGCAGCAGCAGCAGCAGCAGCAGCAGCAGCAGGAGGAGGAGGGGGAGGAGGGGUGGGGGGGAGGAGGAUAGGGCUGGUGGCAUCAGGGGAAGGGGCACUCGCUCGGAGCGUGUCGGUUGGUGCGGGAAUGAGGGGUGGAGCGAGGGGGAUAGUGAGGAGUGCUAGUGGCAAGGAUUGGAAGCAGGGGAAGGAGGAGGAUGGAAAGGAGGGGGUGGGCCGUCAGUGA